ACAGAAGGACCGGGCCAGGACCCGGGGAGCAGCAGAGCUGCCCGGCUGCACUCACAGCCUCCAAGGAACUUCUGCGCUCUGCACUCCCCAGCUGGCCUCCAGGGACAACACCCACUCCCUCCUCCCAAGGCUGUAAUCCAUCUUCCUUCCCCCAGCUCCAGCUCCAGCCUGUGGUCGUUGGUCCUUCACUGCUCUCUCUCCUAGUCCCUCCCUGGUCCCAAGCCCCCCACCCUUUCCUCUAGCGUCCCUUCCUCCACGUCCCUCCUUGCAGAACCUCUGUUGUACCAAGCCCCCCUCUCUCCCGGCUCCAGAGGCUGGCUCCUUGUGGCCAGGGUCUCAGGGGAGAUGAGGGAGGUUCCCUUCCUGGGUUUGCUGCUUCUGCACCUGCUGCUGUGGUCAGCUCCAGUGGUGGCUCCAGGGCCCGAGUGGGUCCCAGUGGUGUGGGCCCAGGAGGGCGCUCCUGCUCAGCUCCCCUGCAGUCCCGCAGUGCCCCCGCAGGAUCUGAGUCUUCUGCGAAGAGGAAAGGUCGUCUGGCAGCAUCAACCGGACAGCGUCCCGCCCGCGGGGCCCCAGCGCUACACCGUGCUCAGAGUGGAGCAUGGAGGCCUGCGCAGUGGGAGGCUGCCCCUGCAGCCCCGCGUGCAGCUGGACGAGCGUGGCCUGCAGCGCGGGGACUUCUCACUGUGGCUGCGCCCGGCUCAGCGCGCCGACGCCGGCAAGUACAGCGCCGUCGUGAGCCUCGGAGGCCGCCACUUCAACUGCCGCCUCCGGCUGCGCGUGGGCCAGGCCUCUAUGACCGCCAGUCCCCCGCGGGCUCUCAGGAUCUCCGACUGGGUGGUUUUGAACUGCUCCUUCAGCCGCCCAGACCGCCCAGCUUCUGUGCACUGGUUCCGGGGCCAGGGCCGAAUCCCUGUCCCCAAGUCCCCCCAGCACUACUUCGCGGAAAGCUUCCUCUUCCUGCCCGAGGUCAGCCGCCUGGAUUCUGGACCCUGGGGCUGCGUCCUCACCUACGCAGAUGGUUUCAAUGUCUCCAUCACAUACAACCUCACUGUGUUGGGUUUGGAACCUCCAGCCCCCUUGACCAUCUAUGCUGAAGCAAAUUCCAGGGUGGAACUGCCCUGUCACUUGCCUCCUGGUGGGGGGACCUUGCCUUUCCUCACGGCCAAGUGGACCCCUCCUGGGGGACGUCCUGACCUCCAAGUGGCCGGAGACAAUGGCAACUUUGCUCUUGAACUGGAAGCUGUGAGCCAGACUCAGGCUGGGACCUACAUCUGCCAGAUCCACCUGCAGGGACAGCUGCUCAGUGCCACUGUCACCCUGGCGGUCAUCACAGUAACUCCCACGUUGGCCGCUGGCUCCCUGGGGAAGUUACUCUGUGAAGUGACUCCAGCAACUGGACACGAGCGAUUCAUGUGGCGCUCCCUGCAUAGCCCGGCCCAGUGGCGCAUACCUGGCCCUUGGCUGGAGGUGCCGGAGGCCAGGCUGCUGGAGCCUUGGCAGUGCCAGCUGUACCAGGAGGAGAAGCUGCUCGGAGCGGCAGUGUACACUGCAGAGCCCUCAAGGCCAGGUGCCCAGCACGCUGGGAGAACCCCAGGUGUCCUCCGAAACCCGCUGUCUCUCUCUGUCAUGCUGGGAGCCCUCUCGCUGCUCCUGUUACUAACUGUGGCCUGUGGCAUUCUGUGGAGGAGACGGUGGCGACCAAGACGAUUUUCUGCCUUAGAGCAUGGGGCUCCCCCUCCUCAUGCUCAAAGCAAGAUAGAGGAGCUAGAGCCGGAAGAACUGCAGCCCGAGCCGGAACCAGAACCGGAGCCAGAGCUGGGACUGGAGCCGGGCCCGAGUCCAUGAGAAAGCUCUGAGUGCCGGAUGGUCCAAGCAGCAGGAUCUUAGCAGCUCCAACCAAAU